AUGUCGAACAACCAGUCGGACCCCUCGUCAACGAGGGUCUCCUUCUCACCGUCGGACACGGCCAUGUUAGAGGCGUUAGUCCCAGGAUAUACCUUCAUAUCUAGAUUUGUCUUUUCAUAUCUUCACAUUGACCUCGCCGCCUAUCUGCAGUAUUUCGUUGCUCUGGCUCUGUUCGGUGCCUCCAUGCGAUACCUUUUCGAGCAUGUAUCAGACAACUUCUCCAAAUACUUCAUCUCGACGGCAGAAAUGCGCCUCGAUGAUGAGAUCUUCAACUAUUUCAUGUACUGGUGGUCGCGACAGCCACAAGUGAAGCGCACGCACCGAUUCCUGGCUGGUGUCAGGACAAACGGCUACUGGAGCGACGAGGACGACUCUGAUCACGAGCGCUCAGAUAGUGAAGACGAGUGGGAGGACGCUGACGGCUCCAUGAGCACAGAGUCAUUCGAUGCAUACUGGACUAGGGUCAUCAACCGGGACAAAUACAAACGCCUACGAUUCACGCCUUCGCAGGGGCGGCACUAUUUCUGGUAUCAGGGCCGGCUGUUGAUGCUGGAUCGACAAUAUGAGAAGACCACGGCUCGCUGGGUGCUCAACAAUGAGAAGCUGUACCUUUCAUGCUGGGGCCGAGACCCUUCCAUUCUUCACCAAUUGCUGUCCGAUGCGCAGCACAAGUUUGUCGAACGGGACGGCAGCCGGACUAUCAUUUAUCGUGGACAGAGAUGUUCUUCGGGCACUACCUUCAGCUGGAGUCGGUGUAUGUCUCGACCCCCACGGCCACUAGACACUGUGAUCCUGGACGAUGCGCAGAAACACAGUUUUCUGGCUGAUAUCGAAACCUACCUGGAGAAAGGGACCGCCAAAUGGUACGCUGCGCAUGGUAUUCCCUAUCGGCGUGGCUACCUGCUCUCUGGACCUCCUGGCACCGGCAAGUCGAGCUUGUGUUUUGCCGUAGCAGGCAAGCUCGGAUUGAAAAUUUAUCUUCUCAACCUGAGCUCUCGAGCGCUAGAUGAAGAUAACCUGUAUUCUCUGUUCUCUGAACUGCCUCGUCGCUGCAUACUUCUUGUAGAAGAUGUUGAUACCUCGGACAUCACCCACACCCGAGGAACAUCGAUCUUCCCCAAGUCUGCCAGGACCAAUGCCGACGCAUUCCCACCCCAGGCAGGCAACGGCUCCUCUCCAGCUGAAGUGGACAAGGCCAAUGUGCCUGAAAAGCCUGAACGAGAAGGGAUCACGCUUUCAAGCUUGUUGAAUGUGCUCGACGGUGUGGCCGCUAGUGAAGGCCGUAUUCUGGUCAUGACAACGAACCAUCCUGAAAAGCUGGAUGAUGCACUUCUUCGGGCUGGUCGUGUCGAUAUGCACAUUGAAUUCCGACGGGCAGUUUCCGAGGACAUCGAAAAACUCUACAGAUCGAUCUAUUCGGUCUCGAAAGAUGAUCGCACACACCCAUCAUCUCGCCGAGGAGAAAACGGAAGUACAACAACAAUGCAAAACGGCAGCGCGGAUCAUCCUAAUAACCCAAAAGGCGUUGAAGGCGAAGACGAAGAGAACACUGACAACAAACCGAACGGUCUCCGUGGACGUCAAAACGAGCUCAGGUCUCGCAUUGCGACUCUUGCAAAAGAGUUCGCUUCUCUUGUACCUAGUGGGGAGUUCUCUCCCGCUGAGAUCCAGGGAUAUCUUCUUAAGCACAAAACUCACCCCGAGAGAGCAAUCAAGGAAGUUGCAGAAUGGGUGAAGGAGGAGAAAGAGAAGAAGGGUGCACAGAAAGCAGCGGACAAUAAGGCCAAGGAAGACGCCGAUAGCAAACAUACAUAG